AUGGCAGCGUUCAGACAAGGGAGGUCUAUCGACAACGUGAUCGACGUUGUAUCCAGUGUCCAACAAGCACAGUCGGAAGGACAUCUUACUGUUGCCGCCUUUUUGGAUGUCAUAAAGGCGUAUGAUAGCGUUCUGCACAGUGCAGUUGUUGCUACCCUGCAAGAGUCGGGUGUGGGAUCUCGCAUGGUUUCUUGGGUCCGUGACUUCCUGUCCGGUCGGACGCUGUUCGUGUGCACUGCAUCAGGAGAUACGCCAGCUUUCCCUGUCACCCGUGGAGUGCAACAAGGCGCUCUCAACACCAUCGCGUCUUACCUGGCUGACAGAGGACUCCGUGUGUCCACUUGCAAGACGGUCGCCAUGGCAUUUACUCGGUGGCCCUUCACCAGCUACCCUCUCCAUGUUGCCGGAACCCCGCUUCAAUUUGUGACGCACUGCAAGUACCUUGGCGUGAUCAUUGACAGACAGCUCUCGUCGUCUAAGCACAUAAAGAACCUCUCCAUCAAGACAAGCAGAUCAGUGAACGUCCUACGGCGCAUCUCCGGAGCUUCUUGGGGUCCCACCUGUCGCGUCCUUCGCCAAAUUCACAGAUCCCUCGUGCUCGGGUUCCUGCGGUACAGCAUCCCAGUGCUGCAUGGCCUGCGCACGACUCACGAGCGGGAACUCCUGAGCAUCCAGUCCCGCAGCCUUCGCGCAUGCCUGGGCUUACCCAAGACCACGGAAACUCAUUCGGUACUUGCCGAGGCAAGGGAACCACUUGUUACCACCCUGCGAGAUAGAGAGACCCUCCGCAUUUACACGCGGCUAAUGACUCGGCACCCUAUCCACUACCUCAGGACCAUCGACCACGACAGCCCCGCGUCUGCCUUUGGGUCGUUGAAGGCGUUCCUUGGUGGCCGCCACUUCAGCUGCGACGACGAGGUCAAGAAUGCGGUCCGAUCAUGGCUGCUACGCGCCGGUAAGGAUUUCUACGCUGCUGGCAUCCAAGCCCUCGUGAAACGCUGGGAGAAGUACAUUAGUGGAGCUGGAGAUUACGUUGAAAAAUGA